AUGUCACCCACGAUCAACAUCAACAUCCUCGACACCUGCAUUCUUGUUGUCAACGUGCCCAUCAGCAUUGAGAGACCGGACAAUUUGGAUCACUUGCCUCUCGAGCAGGCGAUGGUGGGCCAUAUCAUGAGCACCAUCCAUCGAGCGCACGAUCGAGAGUCGUCCAACUUUUUUGCGCUCAACUCCAACCAAAACGAGCUUUCCAUCUAUGCCGCCUCGCAUAUCGUAGAAGAAAUCUGGGCUGCGACCGCGACUAUCCAGCUGUACAAAGAUAGAGGCCUGCGGAUAAGCCGAUCUCGAUGGAGGGUUUUUCAACUGGAAGUCGAUGGAAGUGACAUUCAAGAUGCGGUGGCACGGAUCACUCGCUGUUUGGCGGACGCGGAGAUACCGAUACAGUAUCAGUCAUCGAGCCUAGCAGAGUUCUGUCUUGUGAAAGAGAGAGAUUUCGCCAGAGCAGUGGACAUGUUCGAGCGAUGGGGAUGGUGCGUGAGGGACCCCUCGACUGCUCUCGAGUGGACGGGUUCGUUUAGUCAGGACGGGUACGCGAGCAUUUCCAUGGAGGCCAGCCUUGAUGGGCCUAUUUUCUCGGUCGGGUCGGAGAACGACGUUGGAAGGGAUCGUUCUCUUUCUGCAGCCUCGCUCUUAAAAGACGAUUGGCUCAGCUCCCGAAACUCAUAUUCGGAGGAAGACCUGUCUAUGCACGUGCGCGAUGAAGGGUACUCUACGCACGAGAGCAUCGAUAUGCUGUCGAAGGCGGAGUUCAUGUCGAUUUACCCUUCCACGCGAGAGAAGCGGGACGGUGAUGAAGGCAUGACUUGUCUGGAAGAAAAUGGUGGCCGGCCUGACGAAACUCUCGUGGGCGCCAGCGACAACGAUGGAGAGGAAGGCGUAACCAUCGACCCCGGAAACUUGAUGAUGAUUGGCUUGAAUAACGAGGGUGAAGCGCUGUGGCGGUACCGUCUCACCCUCUUUAUUUGUAGCCCUGAGGAGUUUCGGUCAGUUCGACGCAACACCCCGAGUGGAUCGUUCCGACCGGAACGUUUCGACAACCGAGGACAUCAUGACGACUCUCGGCAGAGGAUUCGCCCGUUCUUCUCCUAUGUCAGAACGAGAGAAGGAUCCAGUCUGAUGACCGAAAUCGAUAUUUUGAGGAGGAUGUUCCCCGACCGGGAAGAGAGAAGCCUACUGGUGUUCAGCGGCGGAGAUCUCGACGAUGUCGAUCUUGAUCUCGAUGGCGUUCCGAUGACGGCCCCGCAUUCGAUCGCGGCGACGAACGCAGACUCCAUUGCGACACAAGAUAUCUGCCUCCGUCCUCUUCCUGGCAGCACCGUUCAGAAAUGUUUGCGCAUGGAUCUGGGCUUAGGCACCUCGAAAAACGGUCAUGACGCCGUUCACUUGGAUCGUUCCGGUGUCCUGCAACGCAUUAACGAGCGCCUGAGGAAAGGAGGUAUCCAGAUGCUCUACAUCUCUACUUAUCAUUCGGCUAACAUCAUAGUCAACCUGGAGGACUGCGAGAAAGCGUACGAUCUACUGGUGCAGAGGAUAUGA